UGGCUUUAAGUCCUUGAUUAGAAGAGUGCUGGAGCUUUUGGUCCCAACUAGCUGGCUGCUGUGCCUAUAGGCUUGUCACACGGAGGACCACUGUGCCUGAUUGCAGUGCUCUGACAGGAACAGAGAGAGAGAGAGAGAGAGGGGAGAGAGAGAGAGAGAGAGAGAGAGAGAGAGAGAAGAGAGAGAGAGGAGGACAGGAGAGGAGGAGGAGAGCAGAAAAAAAACUUUGAUUUAUAGAGGAGGCUUUCUCACAUUAUGGUGGCAGUGUGCAGAUGGAUUCCAUAGAGCUUUCCCUUCCUGAAUAUUUCUCCCUACACUCUGAACAAGAAAUGAACUUAUCAAAGGCCCAGGUUAAUAGUGAAGAUAAGUACGGCAAAUGCGGCAGCGCCUGGAGAAUGCAACAGACUUACGACCUCGAUGCCACUCACAUGCGUGACGCACAUGCACUUUAUAACCCAAGGCUCCUCUGCAGAAUGUCCAGCAAAGAGCGCCACCUAGAGUCCAACUGCCCGUCCUACAUUAAGACAGAGCCCUCCAGCCCCGCCUCCCUGGCAGACAGCAUCAACCACCACAGCCCUGGGGGCUCCAGCGACGCCAGCGGCUCCUACAGCUCAACCAUGAACGGUCACCAGAACGGCCUGGACUCCCCCACCCUGUACGGGCCUGGUGCCGGACCCCUGGGCCCCGCAGGGGCCUCCAAGCGCUACGAGGACUGCUCCAGCACCAUCGGGGAGGACUCGCAGAUCAAGUGCGAGUACAUGUUGAACUCCAUGCCCAAGCGGCUGUGCCUGGUGUGUGGUGACAUCGCCUCGGGCUACCACUACGGCGUGGCCUCCUGCGAAGCCUGCAAGGCCUUCUUCAAGAGGACCAUCCAAGGGAACAUUGAGUACAGCUGCCCUGCCACCAACGAGUGUGAGAUCACCAAGAGGAGACGCAAGUCCUGCCAAGCCUGUCGCUUCAUGAAGUGUCUAAACGUCGGCAUGAUGAGAGAAGGUGUGCGUCUGGACAGGGUGCGUGGGGGCAGACAGAAGUACAAGCGCCGGAUAGAUGCUGAGAACAGCCCUUACCUCAACCCUCAACUGGCCCUGCCUGCCAAAAAGCCAUUUCCCUUUGGCUGCCUUGCAGAUAACAAGAUCGUGUCCCACCUGCUGGUGGCCGAGCCUGAGAAGAUCUACGCCAUGCCUGACCCUACCGUCCCCGACAGUGACAUCAAGGCCCUGACCACGCUGUGUGACCUAGCUGACCGCGAGCUGGUGGUCAACAUCGGCUGGGCCAAACACAUCCCAGAUAGUCAUGUAGUAUGUGUAAAGAUGAACCUCUAUCUGCUUUAUUUGCCCUCCCUCCCUCGUUCCCUCCCUCCCCCUGUAGACUCCAUGCACAUAGAGGACGUGGAGGCAGUGCAGAAGCUCCAGGACGUGCUCCAUGAGGCCCUGCAGGACUACGAGGCGGGCCAGCACCCAGAGGACCCUCGUCGGGCAGGCAAGCUGCUGAUGACCCUACCUCUGCUCCGCCAGACCUCCACCAAGGCCGUGCAGCACUUCUACAGCAUCAAGCAGGACGGCAAGGUCCCCAUGCACAAACUCUUCCUGGAACUGCUGGAGGCCAAGGUCUGAUUGGCUAACCACGUCAACAACCCCCAAUAUGUCAGUCUGUCAGUCGCACCCAGCCUCCUCCCAUUGACCCCCCCCCCGUAACCCCACAUGACCCCUGAACCUCCCAAACCGCCGCCCACUGAGAGGGAUGGGCGGGACUAACCUCUGAACUUUAACCCCUGACCUCUGUGCAUAAGGGAAGACACUGACACUGAGACGAGACCUCUGCUGGAGGGCCGUAUGUGUAUAGAUUAUAGACAAGUCAUAAACCAGUUACCAUAACAACGGCCCUGUAAACUAUUGACUAUCAACCACAAGUCACUUAUACAUAUAAGAAUGAUUAACGAUGUGAUUAUUGACUAUUGACUGAUGAAAAUGUUUAAACGAGGAAUUUAAAAAAGAAAAGAAGAGAGACUGCUCUGCUUGUGUCAGCAGCAGAGAGACUGUGAAGCUUUCUCAACUUCUUCUCAGUUUCCCAACACAGUUUUUACAGGAUGCUGUUGAAGAAAACGUUUGAAAAUGAACAAAGACUUUUUGUUGAUGAUUUUCAUGACGAAAUGUGUAACGGAGAAGAGCAGAGUGGAAAGGAGGAGAGGAGACUUGCCCUGCCAAAGGAUGGAGAUCCAUUCAGUGGAUGCCAGCAAACUUUACUAUCAGCCCCUGACACCUCCUGUUACUCCUAAUAUCUUCUGAUACACCCCCCCUCCCCCAAAAUAUCUGGUGCCCCCAGUACCCCACCCCAAGUAUUUACCUCUUACUGCAGUCUGGCCUGCUUAACUACAGUAUUAUAACACACACACGCAUAACACACACACACACACACACACACACACACAGUCACACCAACACACACACACACACACACACACACACACACACACACACACACACACACACACACACACACACACACACACACACACACACACACACACACACACACACACACACACAGUCUUGUACAGCUAACCUUGUGGGGACACACACUUCAGUCCCAUUCAAAAUCCUAACCCUAGUUCCUAACCUUAACCCUUAAUGUAAUUCUAACCCUAACACUAAUUCUAACAUUAACCCUAAACCCCCUAGAAAUAGCAUUUGACCUCGUGGGGACUAACAAAAUGUCCCCAGUUGCUCAAAUGUUGGUUCAUUUACUCUUCUUGUGGGGACUUCUGGUCCCGCAUAACGUCCACACAUACAACACACACACACACACAGUCCCCAAUGUGCCAGCCUAAUAACAGAUCGUUGUCAUCACCCCCAGCCUUCCCUUUGGGUUUGUCCACUUUACUCACUUACAGCAGUUAGACUCCCUCGUUGCUCUUUUCUGUUAAGUCUUCCAGAGGGUUCGUAGACAUGAUGUAGUGGCGUGAUGAUUGUUGUUCUUUUUUGAGGGAGAUGGGGAAGCUUUAGUCACUCAUGCAAUAUGGACGAGAGGUAUGGGGGCGCCGAAGGGACAGACACAUAUUUAUGGUUGUUUUUCAACUUGUUUGGUCUUAUUUUUAUUGAAAUGAAUAUAAGGGUGUAAAUAUAUGAUCCGGUCAUCAUAUAUGGUCUACAUGAUUCUUUUGUUUUGUUUAUAUUGUGUUAAUAAGAAAGCAAUCAAUAUAUGUGUUUUUCUAUCAGCUUUACCACUUUCAGCAAUUCUAUAUGGAUAUAUAUAUGGAUCGACUCUUAUCUUCAAUAAGCAAUAGUCAUUUAAAAGGAGGGUGCAUAUUAACAUGUAUGCAAUUCAUGUUUGUGCCAGUCUUCGUUGAGGGGGGGGGGGGGGGGGGGGGUGUUAGCAUUUCUACCAGGCGUAGCUUCUCUCUGUGUGCUUGCCAUAGGUUAUUAGAUGACAUAGUCCUAGAAUCAAACUAACCCAAGGCUAGGGAAGCACCAUGACUGUGCAGGCAAGCAGGUAACUCAUGCAUUUGACUCUUAAGACCGCCAUUGUACCAAGAACAGUAAUCUGUAGCCGAGAUAUAAUACUAGACUAGCACUUAGGAAAGCUUUUAACAGCGGUGGGCUCAUAAGGAAGGAAUGAGGUUGGGAUUUGGUCCAGGGUUUUUGUACGCAGAUUAAGAACGCCAAUAUCCAUAAUCUAGAUUAUGAUGUACUCUAAUAUAAAAUGGUAACUGGUUCCAGUUGAGAAGCUAAACGAUAAGUCAAGUAAUCUACGUCACUCUCUAUAACAAAUAUGUCAGUAUUAUUAGUAAGGGGUAUUUUCUGAACCUUCUUAACCAUUGUAUAUUGUAAAUUAACAGAUUAUAAUUCUAACCUAAGACAUUUUAUUGGAACAAAACACAAAAAAUACAAAAAUACAAAAACAGAAAAAUGUAGUUCAGCUUCUCAGUGUUUCAUGUUUGCUGCUUUUCUGAAAAACACUCCCUUUGUUGUUUUCUUUCCUUUCGUUUUCUUCUUCUUCCUCUUCCCUGUCUUUUCCUUCUGUUGCGUUCGACGGCGUCGUCGUGUACUUUCUCGUGGUGGUUCUAGUUCUCGUGCCGUGCGCUUUUUUUAGACACAGGGUAGAAGUAGAGACAACGGUGGAUGUACCGAUCCUCAGGAGAUAAGGGGCGGCGUGUUCUCACAUACCUGCCAAUUUACCAGGAAACAAGGCUCUUCUUCCUAGCUAGUUCAACUGAUCCAACAACAACAUCUUCAUCAUCAUCAUAAUAACCUGUACUUAGAAGAGAAUAACAAGUAUCUAAAGGAAGAAACAAAGUAUAUAAAAAGGGAUCAUUUGUGUAACUCUUUCUUGUAGAAUAACAAUGUAUAUCUUAGGUUUAAAUAAAUGAAAAAUAAAAAAUACAUUUGAGCAUUUCCCGAACUAUAGAUUACUUUUUUUGAUAACUCGCUGUACAUACUGCCUUCCUUCCAUUUAGAAACAGCCACGUUGUAACAUUAUCUAAACUCUGAGGUUGCAAAGGACAACAAAAACAACAAAAAAUACAUUUGAUUUUUUAUUUUUGAGUUCAACUCAUUUACAAAACUCUCGCUUUAACUUUGUGUGCUUAUUAAAAAGAAUGAAAAAUAAAAAAUAAAGAUUACAAUGUUGUUAUUUUCCAGGACUAAUGGGGCGGGGGGUGGGGGGGUUGUGUUUUUAAUUCAUUUAUCUUCUUCCUUGGUCUUGUUUGUUAACUACCGUGUAUGUAUCAUUGGCUAAACAUAAAGAGACCAUGGUUUGGAGAAAGUACUUCACUGAAAGUCUUUACUGAAAGUACUUUCGUAAAUUCAGGCUUCAAUUCAAUCAAUUGCAGACUGUGAAUGUUAAAGCUGUAUUUUAAAGACAGGUGUGGUUUUAUGUCAAUAUCUAAUGGCAAUAGUUUAUGCGACAGCAGCUUGCUUGGUGUGGCAAUUUUAGCACGGUUACACCUCAGAUACUGUGUGAAACCGCAAUGUGGUUUUACUUCAUCUGCAGUUCAUUGAAUUGCGGCCUGAAUUCUCUACAGCCACUGAUGAGUGAGACAAUAACGUCAAAGCUCUUUUUGGGAAACGUGUUGGCUCGUCUAUCAUUUCCAUACACAACUCCUGAAAGAGAGGUGCUGUUUGCUUUUUCUUUGUCGGCUUCUGUUUUUAGUUGAUGUCUCUGUCUAACUGUUUUUCCAUUUUCAAACCGAUACUAUGUACUUGCCUAUAAAAGGAGGUGAAAGAGUACACAACAGUCUCUCAGAGGUGAUUUAAGCUGAGCUGAAUUGGACAUUUAAUAGUUGAUGGCAAACCAUGAUAAUAACAAAAUAAUAAUAAUCAAAACCUUGUCAGGGAAUAAGGUCAAAGGCUAAUUUUACAACAUUGUACGUAUCAGUCUCAAGACAUAGUUAAGCUGAUUAGCUACACAUCAUUGACUAUUCAAUAUUCUUAGUUAACAUAAAAAUUACCAUAACAACACAUGAUAAUUCUCACUACGAAACUGCUUGUGUGUAGAUUGUUGCCACAAAUAUUGUUGGCUGAUACACAUAUUUCUAGCGGCUUAAAUCAUGUUGAGGUUUUGCUAUGUAUAUUUCAACACCUUCUAUGGAUCAUAUUUAAGAUAGAGAGAGAGGGGAGUAAUUUAGCCAUAACGAACGAGGGCGUUUAUUCUCCCAACGUGAUGUUGUUAUUUAAAGCAAUAUGACUGUGCAACAAACAGACGGAACGGACAGACGUUGCACUUUUUGUUUGAAUUUGAUCAACAUGCUGUAUCUAUUGGACUAUUUUGCAAUUAAACGAUACGAAAUAAGGAAAUGAAGAUGUACAAACAACUGCUAUAUUUUAUGAGAAGCGAAGGAGGAGAAUAGUGAGUGUUAGUUAAGUAUGUAUUUAUGCCGAGGUGUAGCCUACAUACCACUUGUGUGCUUAGGUUAUAACCUGGCAGUUUGACAUGCAAAUGUAUGAAAAAGAUACAGGGGGAGGGGGGGUAAAGAAAGACGGAAAAACAUGAAACAAUUAUAUAUGAUUCACAUUAUGAAAAAAAGAUAAGAUAAAUCUUCCGACCAGGAGUUGCUGGGACGCCGUGUAGUGAGAAACAUGUCCGUAGUUGUAGAUGUGCUCCACAUCAGUUAACGAUUACCUGUAUAUUUUUGUGACGUGUGUAUCAUACAGCGUGCUCCAACAAUAUGGCCAUUUGUGUAAAUGUAUUUAUUUUACAUUGUAUAUAUUGUCCAAUGCAAAAAAGAGAGACCUACGAUUCUGUAACUACGAUCAGUUCAGAUGUGUUACUCCCAUCAUGCCUUUCAGGAUAACGGUAGAGCAAUAUUAAAACAUGCUUCCAGGUUUGACCUCC